CCAUCAAAAGAAGAGAGUCCAGAAGCUUAAGCAGCGUCUGCACGAGGUGCGGGGGAGUUAACAGCCAAGCCAACAUGGAGUAGAUCUAUACGUCACUAUCAUUGACAACAUCGUAGACAGUUAAAGACCGCCUUGUUACGGAGGUGCAUUUUAAUCCUGGCCUGCUGAACGCUCCAUCUCUAGCCUUCAAUUACUGGAAAAAGUGUGCAAUUUUCUGCCGCAGUAAGAUCUCUACGGAUAAAAAUACUAUUCGGUGCCUGUUUGCGGUGCAGACGCGUUGCUUACUGUUAACGUGUUCAUCUCGUCUUCUCCUAAGUUUUCCUGUAAGAACAAGACAUGCGAGCAGCGUAGCCGGCGCCUUGGGGAGACAAUGGCGCAGUCAAGGUGGGGAGAAGUAGUACUAAUAUUAGGACUUUACCUGUGUGGGACGCACGGCCUGGCCAAGUGGAUGUACCUGGGCGUCUCUUCCAUCGCAACAAGCCACGACAAGAUAGAAAACAAGAACACCUGUAAAGGACUACCUCUGGACACCCAGCAAGUACAGGUGUGUAAAAAACACCCAGAUUCCAUCCUGUGUAUCAGCACUGGGGCUCGUCAGGGGAUUUACGAGUGUCAGUACCAGUUUCAGCACGAGAGGUGGAACUGUACUACAACCAAGAACCAGACCGUCUUCGGAACGUUGCUCGAUAAAGGCACGAAGGAGACAGCCUUCAUCUACGCCAUCUUGAGCGCAGGUGUCGUCCACGCCGUGACGCAGGCGUGCAGCGCAGGUAACCUGACGGAGUGCAGCUGCGACCUGCGCCUCCAGGGCCAGAAGACGGAGGACGGCUGGACGUGGGGCGGUUGUAGCGAUAACGUGGACUACGGCGUCUGGUUCGGGAAGACGUUCGUGGACGCUCCGGACACUUCCUCGCACAAGUCCGGGAGGAACGUCAGGAUGCUGAUGAACCUGCACAAUAAUGAGGUCGGCAGAAAGGCUAUAGUGAAGCAGAUGAGGAGACAGUGCCGUUGCCAUGGAGUUUCAGGCUCAUGCGCAGUAAAGACAUGUUGGAAAGGACUGCCACCUUUCCGCCAAAUCGGAAACUAUCUCAAAACCAAGUACGAACACUCGGUGCAGGUGGCGCCACGAUCAAAACGCAAACUGCGCAGGCGCGAGCGCGUCAAAAGGAAAGUGCCUAUUCCUGUGGACAUUCUGGUGCAUUUGCACCGGUCGCCGAACUUUUGCAGGGCAGACGCGAAGCAGGGGAUUCCCGGUACAAGAGGGAGGAUGUGUAACAAAAACUCCCGGUCACAAGACAGCUGCGACCUGUUGUGCUGCGGUAGAGGUUACAACACCCAAGUGAAGCGCCAUUCAGAAAGGUGUCACUGUAAAUUCGUAUGGUGCUGUUACGUUAAAUGUCAGACGUGCGUUUCUCAAGUGGACAUUCACACGUGUAAGUGAGGACAGUACUUGGGGCACGGUCAGGAAGUUUCCCAACAGAGACUUCAAGUAGACAGAAGUGUUGUUAUAAACGCAGUCAUUGCAGAUGUACAUUAACGUUUUUUCAUGAUAUAUAUAAAUUGUACAGGAUGUAUUUAUGAGGACAUCUUUCAGUGUAUCGGGUACACGCGAGGGGAAAAUUUUAUCCGCUUUAUUUCCUCAACUUCACCCGUUUUACAAGCCAAUCAAAUGUUUUUUCGUCAUCAGCAACUUGCACGUUCGUCAGUGGAAUAUCUUCAUUAGAUGCGACGAGAUUUCUACUUUUAACGUGCUGGGCGAAAUAAAAGCCACCGACACUUCAUUCAGUGCACAUAUUUCAUUUGUGAUGUCAGUAAGUGCAUUUAUGACGUUAGAAAUUGUUUCUGUGAUGUCACUGUGUCAACCAUACGCGUUCCAGUUGCACCCUGGGAUUGUACAUAUCCGACGAUUACAGUAAAGAUGUUUAGGCGCAAACUUCCAAGAGUCUCACAGUCGGUUAACUUUCCUGACCGUGAUUCAACGGCGUUUGUGUACGUAAGUGCAUGAACAGAGGUUUUACAUGUACUGGUUUUCUCGAAACCAAAUUGUAAUGAGAAAUGUUAUCAUUUGUCUAGACUUAACCAGACCGCUACUAGUACAUGAGUGAUGUCAGCAAGGCUGGUGCAUGCACUGACUAGAUCAACUGAGAUGAUAUGCCAAGGACUUAUAUAGGUGUGGUUUU